CGCACCCCGACUGACAAACCAAAGAGUGAAUUGAGCAGCGAGUGGAAGAGGGAGGGAAAAAGAAAGAGACGAAAAAAACAUUGAGUGAGAGAAAGAGAAGGAAGCUAACAUUGUAGUUUGACCCGAGCAAUCAGCAAGGCUGCUGUCGACUGAAAAGGAGUUUGUUUCGCGGCGAAACGGAGACCGACUCAGCCACCGGUUGUAGCUAGCCAUCCAUAAACGCGUCUGCAUCUCAACAGCAGCAACCAUGGCGACGGACGCAGACAAGUUCCUGUAUGUGGACCGCAACAUGGUCAACAACCCUCUGGCCCAGGCCGACUGGGCCACCAAGAAGCUAGUGUGGGUGCCAUCUGAGCGGCUCGGCUUCGAAGCAGGCUCUUUGAAGGAGGAGCGUGGCGAUGAAUGCACGGUGGAGCUGGCAGACUCUGGCAAGAAGGUGAAAGUCAACAAGGACGACAUCCAGAAGAUGAACCCGCCCAAGUUCAGCAAGGUGGAAGACAUGGCAGAGCUCACCUGUCUGAACGAGGCCUCAGUGCUGCACAACCUCAAGGAGAGGUAUUACUCUGGCCUCAUCUAUACAUACUCUGGGCUCUUCUGUGUGGUUAUAAACCCCUAUAAGAAUCUGCCCAUCUACUCAGAAGAGAUUGUGGAAAUGUACAAGGGCAAGAAGAGGCAUGAAAUGCCCCCCCAUAUCUAUGCCAUCACUGACACCGCAUACCGGAGCAUGAUGCAGGACCGUGAAGACCAGUCCAUUCUUUGCACAGGAGAGUCCGGUGCUGGGAAGACUGAGAACACCAAGAAGGUCAUCCAGUAUCUGGCCCAUGUAGCCUCUUCUCACAAGACCAAGAAAGACCAGGCGAGCUCGAUCCUGUUACAUGGGGAGCUGGAGAAGCAGUUGCUGCAGGCUAACCCUAUCCUGGAGGCUUUUGGAAACGCCAAGACAGUCAAGAAUGACAACUCAUCCAGAUUCGGAAAAUUCAUCAGAAUCAACUUUGAUGUCAAUGGAUACAUCGUGGGUGCCAACAUUGAAACAUACCUGCUGGAGAAGUCCCGUGCCAUCCGCCAGGCCAAAGACGAGAGGACCUUCCACGUCUUCUACUACAUGCUCACUGGGGCUGGGGACAAACUGCGCUCCGAGCUGUGUCUGGAGGGCUACAACAACUACCGCUUCCUGGUCAAUGGCAACGUGACCAUCCCUGGCCAGCAGGACAAGGACCUGUUCACCGAGACCCUGGAGGCCUUUAGGAUUAUGGGCAUCCCAGAUGAUGAGCAGAUAGGUCUGCUGAAGGUGGUGUCCUCUGUGCUCCAGCUGGGCAACAUGAGCUUUAAAAAGGAGCGUCAUUCGGACCAGGCCUCCAUGCCUGAUGACACAGCUGCUCAGAAGGUCUGCCACCUGAUGGGCAUGAAUGUGACGGACUUCACCCGUGCCAUCCUGUCGCCGCGUAUCAAGGUGGGCCGGGACUACGUGCAGAAGGCCCAGACCCAGGAGCAGGCAGAGUUUGCGGUGGAGGCCCUGGCCAAGGCUACCUACGAGAGGAUGUUCCGCUGGCUGGUGAUGCGCAUCAACAAGGCCCUGGACAAGACCAAGAGACAGGGAGCCUCCUUCAUCGGCAUCCUGGACAUCGCUGGCUUUGAGAUCUUUGAGCUGAACUCGUUUGAGCAGCUGUGCAUCAACUACACCAACGAGAAGCUCCAGCAGCUGUUCAACCACACCAUGUUCAUCCUGGAGCAGGAGGAGUACCAGAGGGAGGGCAUCGAGUGGAGCUUCAUCGACUUUGGCCUGGACCUGCAGCCCUGCAUCGACCUCAUUGAGAAGCCAGCUAGCCCCCCUGGUAUUCUGGCCCUGUUGGACGAGGAGUGCUGGUUCCCCAAGGCCACUGACAAGAGCUUUGUGGAGAAGGUUCUCCAGGAGCAGGGCACCCACCCAAAGUUCCACAAGCCCAAGAAACUGAAGGAUGAGGCUGAUUUUUGUAUCAUCCAUUACGCCGGGAAGGUGGACUACAAGGCAGACGAGUGGCUGAUGAAGAACAUGGACCCUCUGAACGACAACGUGGCCACGCUGCUCAACCAGUCCACUGACAAGUUUGUGUCUGAGCUCUGGAAGGACGUGGAUCGUAUUGUGGGUCUGGAUAAGGUGGCAGGGAUGUCCGAGAUGCCCGGGGCCUUUAAGACUCGCAAAGGCAUGUUCCGCACUGUGGGCCAGCUCUACAAGGAGCAGCUGUCCAAGCUGAUGGCCACACUGAGGAACACCAACCCCAACUUCGUCCGCUGCAUCAUCCCCAACCACGAAAAGAAGGCUGGUAAACUGGACCCCCACCUGGUUCUGGACCAGCUGAGGUGUAAUGGAGUUCUGGAGGGCAUCCGUAUCUGUAGACAAGGCUUCCCCAACCGUAUCGUCUUCCAGGAGUUCAGACAGAGGUAUGAGAUCCUCACGCCCAACUCCAUCCCCAAGGGCUUCAUGGACGGCAAGCAGGCCUGUGUGCUCAUGAUUAAAACGCUGGAGCUGGACCCCAACCUCUAUCGGAUUGGCCAGAGUAAGGUGUUCUUCAGAGCUGGAGUACUGGCUCACCUGGAGGAGGAGAGAGACAUGAAGAUCACUGAUGUCAUCAUCAGCUUCCAGGCGUGGUGCAGAGGCUAUGUGGCCCGCAAGGCCUUUGCCAAGAGACAGCAGCAGCUGACUGCCAUGAAGGUGAUUCAGAGGAACUGUUCUGCCUACCUGAAACUCCGGAACUGGCAGUGGUGGAGACUCUUCACAAAGGUGAAGCCCCUGCUGCAGGUGAGCAGGCAGGAGGAGGAGAUGCAGGCCAAGGAUGACGAGCUGUUAAAGGUCAAGGAGAAGCAGCAACAUGCGGAGCUGCUGCUGAAGGAGAUGGAGGUCAAACAGCACCAGCUGGGUGCUGAGAAGCAGGCCCUGCAGGAGCAGCUCCAGGCGGAGACGGAGCUGUGUGCCGAGGCUGAGGAGAUGAGGGCUCGUCUGGCCGCCAAGAAGCAGGAGCUGGAGGAGAUCCUCCACGACCUGGAGGCCCGUGUGGAAGAGGAGGAGGAAAGGGCCACACAGCUGAUGACGGAGAAGAAGAAGAUGCAGCAAAACAUCACGGACCUGGAGCAACAGUUGGAUGAAGAGGAGGCGGCCAGACAGAGGCUCCAGUUGGAGAAGGUGACCACAGACUCCAAGCUGAAGAAGAUUGAGGAGGAGGUCAUGGUGCUGGAAGACCAGAACAACAAACUUCUGAAGGAGAAGAAACUGAAUGAAGAGCGUAUCUCUGAGUUCACCACUAACCUGGCUGAGGAGGAGGAGAAGUCCAAAAGCCUGCAGAAACUCAAGAACAAGCAUGAGGCCAUGAUCACUGACCUGGAGGACCGCCUGCGCAGGGAGGAGAAGAGCCGCCAGGAGCUGGAAAAGAACCGGCGUAAGCUGGAGGGGGACUCUACUGAUCUCCUUGACCAGAUAGCUGAGCUCCAGGCCCAGAUCGCUGAGCUCCGUGCCCAGCUGGCCAAGAAGGAGGAAGAGCUGCAGGCAGCACUUGCCAGGAUCGAGGAAGAGGCGGCCCAGAAGAACUUGGCCCAGAAGAAGAUUCGAGAGAUGGAGGCCCAGCUGUCUGAGCUGCAGGAGGACCUGGAGCUGGAGCGGGCUGCCCGCGCUAAGGCUGAGAAAAACCGCAGGGACCUGGGAGAGGAACUGGAGGCGCUCAAAACCGAGCUGGAGGACACACUGGACUCUACAGCUGCCCAGCAGGAGCUCAGGACCAAGCGUGAGACAGAGGUGAACCAGUUGAAGAAGGUUCUGGAAGAAGAGGCCAAGGUCCAUGAGCAGCAGGUUGUCGAGAUGAGACUGAAACACAGCCAGGCCUUUGACGAGCUGAAUGAGCAACUGGAGCAGGCCAAGAGGAACAAGGUGUCGGUGGAGAAGGCCAAGCAGGCCCUGGAGAGUGAGAGGAAUGAGCUGGCUAUAGAGCUGCAGACUCUGAUGCAGGGGAAGGGGGAUUCGGAGCAUCGCAGAAAAAAGGCUGAGGGCCAGGUCCAGGAGCUGCAGGUCAAACACGCCGAGAGCGAGCGCCAGAGAGUGGAGCUGUCUGAGAAAGUGGCCAAGCUGCAGGCUGAGUUGGAGACAGUCAAUGGUUUGCUCAACGAGGUGGAGGGCAAGUCCAUUAAGGCAUCCAAAGACUGUUCUGCUGUGGAGUCACAGCUGCAGGACGUACAGGAGCUGCUCCAGGAAGAGACCCGUCAGAAGCUGUCCAUGGGCACUCGCCUUCGUCAGCUGGAGGACGAACAGAACGCUCUGAGGGAACAGCUGGAGGAGGAGGAGGAGGGCAAGAGGAACGUGGAGAAGCAGCUCCUCGCCGUGCAGUCUCAGUUGGCGGAGAUGAAGAAGAAGGUGGAGCAGGAGGGGGCCUGUCUGGAAAGCGCAGAGGAGGCAAAGAAGAGGCUGCAGAGAGAUCUGGAAGGCCUCAGCCAGCGUAUGGAGGAGAAGUGCAGUGUCUUUGACAAACUAGACAAGACCAAAACACGUCUGCAGCAAGAGCUUGACGACAUGGUCGUGGAUCAGGACCACCUCAGACAGAUUGUGUCCAACCUGGAGAAGAAGCAGAAGAAGUUUGACCAGAUGCUGGCUGAGGAGAAGACCAUCUCAAGCCGUUAUGCUGAGGAGAGGGACAAGGCUGAGGCAGAGGCCCGAGAGAAGGAGACCCGGGCCUUGGCUCUGACCCGUGAGCUGGAGUCCCUCAGAGACAUGAAGGAUGAGCUGGACCGUGCCAACAAGCUGCUUCGUGCUGAGAUGGAGGACCUGGUCUCCUCCAAGGAUGAUGUCGGCAAGAGCGUCCAUGAGCUGGAGAAGUCCAAGCGUGGCAUGGAGCAGCAGCUGGAAGAGAUGAGGACUCAGCUGGAGGAGCUGGAGGACGAGCUGCAGGCCACGGAGGACGCCAAGCUGCGUCUGGAGGUCAACAUGCAGGCCAUGAAGGCCCAGUAUGAGAGAGACCUGGCAGGACGAGACGAGAUGGGCGAGGAGAAGAAGAGACAGCUGAUCAAACAGGUGAGGGAGAUGGAGUUGGAAUUGGAGGAUGAGAGGAAGCAGCGCUCUGUUGCUGUGGCAGCACGUAAGAAGCUGGAGCUGGACCUGAAGGAGUUGGAGGCAGCCAUCGACAUGGCCAACAAGAACCGGGAUGAGGCCCUGAAACAGCUCAAAAAGCUCCAGGCCCAGAUGAAGGAGCUGCUCAGGGAGCUGGAAGACACUCGUAUGUCCAGAGACGAGAUCAUGGCCCAGGCCAAGGAGAACGAGAAGAAGCUCAAGAGCAUGGAGGCCGACAUGAUCCAGAUGACAGAGGAGCUGGCGGCUGCAGAGCGUGUGAAGAGACAGGCCCAGCAAGAGAGAGACGAGCUGCAGGAUGAGAUCAACAACCAGGCUGCCAAGAAUGCUCUGGUUGCGGAGGAGAAGAGGAGGCUGGAGGCUCGUAUUUCACAGCUGGAGGAGGAGUUGGAAGAGGAGCAGUGUAACACGGAGCUGGUCAACGACAGGCUGAAGAGGGCCCUGCUGCAGACUGACCAGACAAAUGUGGAGCUGACGGCAGAGCGCAGUACUUCCCAGCGCCUGGAGGGGGCACGCUCCCAGAUGGAGCGCCAGAACAAGGAGCUGAAGCUGAAGCUGCAGGAGCUUGAGGGGACUGUCAAAUCCAAGUACAAGGCCACUAUCGCCGCCCUGGAGGCCAAGAUUGCUCAGCUGGAGGAGCAGGUGGACAUAGAGACAAAGGAGAGGCAGCAGGCAUCCAAGCUGGUGCGUCGCACCGAGAAGAAGCUGAAGGAGGUCAUCCUCCAGGUGGACGACGAGAGACGCAACACAGAGCAGUACAAAGACCAGUCGGACAAGCUGAACUCUCGUAUGAAGCAGCUGAAGAGGCAGUUGGAGGAGGCUGAGGAAGAGGCCCAGAGGGCCAACGCCAACCGCAGGAAACUGCAGAGGGAGCUGGAGGACGCCACAGAGUCCGCCGACGCCAUGAACCGCGAGGUCAGCACCCUCAAGAGCAAGCUCCGGCGUGGCGACCUCCCCUUCACCGUGCGUCGCAACUUCAGCCGUGCCGGCAUAGAGAGUGACGAGGAGAGCGAGCCCAAGAGCGAGACCCCCGAGCCCAAGCCUGAAUGAGCAGUCCCGGAUCCCCCGUCUGACCGCAGCGGUCAUACACAGCCACUUAACCAGGGACACAAACAUCACCAUACUGUAUGAUUUAGAGGCAGGAAAUGGGCGUGUUCCUCAGUCUCUCUCAGCCCCUAUGGGGGGGAGACUUGACAAUCUAUGUACAUGUAUUCCACAAACGUAUACAUGCAAGCCAAUACAACAUAGUACUUCAGACAAUCAUCACAUACUGACACACGCUGCGCUUUCAAACUUGUGGGCCAAACGUCUUCUGUUAUGCUUCGUUCUCUGGGAAAAAUUCAUGAUAUUUUUGUAAGGAAACAUUCCAGUUAUAAUAGUUAUAAUAUAGUCCUUGAAUGGAUCUAUUUUUUUAACUGAAGAAAGAACGAAUGAAAUAAAAAAAAAUAAUAAAAAAAAUGGAGGACUACUCGAAGGGGACCAAAGGAAUAUCGCUAUCUAUAGAUUUGUAUUUUAUUCUAAGGUUUUAUAAUGGUUAAGUAUAUAAGUACUACACGUCUUAAUGGCUCUUGCUCACACACAUCAAUUUGUGUUCAAUUAUACUGUAUACAUUUAGUUGUGGAUAGUACUUAAAAAAAUGAAUAUGAUUUUGGUGGUAACAAAAUUGUCGAUCUGCUCACUUCAUUUAGAGACGCAAUGUACAAAAAAUGCAAUUGGAAAAUUGCAUAUUUAUGUACAAACAUUUGAUUGUGCUAAGACUCUGGAUUUGAAAUGAUUUGCCUGCAUUGGUGCAUCAAAAUUAAGACAUUGAUAGAAAUGGCAGAGGCUCCUUGAAUAUAAGAGUAUAAAGAAAUUGAGGAAUUGCAAGCUCAUCUAUACAUGCCAACACACACACACACGCACUAAAGCCUUAUACACGGUUAAAUCCUAUUGUUCAAGGUUGUUUCCUGGAUCUAUGUAUUGAUUUUUAUAUGCAUUUCUUUACUACUACUUUCAAUGUUUCUAUUGAUGCACAGGGCCAAGCUUAAUGGGUGGUGGGGUAGUUUAUUACUCACAGCACACUUUUCUCAGAGCACUGCUUGGUGGGAUGUAGGGACUGGCUGAAAAGACUAAACCCAGUCAUUUGGGACACAUGGUUUUAAAUGUUGCAGUACCAUAGUCUACCACGCUUAAUCCUAAUGGGAUCCUAUUCUUUUGCUGACAAAAAAAGAAUGGGAUGAUGACAACUCACUGUUGAUAUGCCUGGCCAGGUGUUAGUAAUCCCCUGUGAAGGGAUGGGGUGUGGUAGAUUACUGAUGGUGCAUUAGGUCUGGGUCUGGGUGAGACUGAUUCCCCCCCCCCCAGGCUGUGCUCAGGUUUGGCUUUUUUGCUCACACUGCUGGGAAGUGAGAGGAAUUUCCCAGCAUUUGUUAAUGGUGGAUUACCAACAAAUGAUCUCUUUCUCACUUAAAAUUAAAAAAAUGGAAUUAUGGAGGAAAAAUAAUAACCUGAAUUGUGUAUUGUUAAUUUUUUUUUUUUCUGCAGCUCUCACAAUGGAAUCUUGAGACGAGUUGUGAAUUGUUGGUAUUACUGCAAUAAAGAUGGCUUUCUAAACUGCUA